CCAAACUCGAUACUUUUCGAUCAAAACUACUCUCCUUCCAUUCUAGCUUUUACUCUCACCGUGUUCUUCGAAUUGAAAAGCUAGGUCACAGGGGGGAAGAAGCUCGUAGAGUGGAAUCCAGUCAUAAUUGACUGAAUCGACUACUGAGUCGCGCGAGCUAAAGGGAAUAACAAGAAGGAGGAAGAACAUUUCGGUUUGAUUUCCGAGUAUAAUUCAGUCAUCACAAUCUUUCCACUGUCAAUGCAAGUUUUUGUGUAUUCUAGCACUGUGUAUUCUUGGUGAAAUGAAUUCAAUCUCUUUGUUUGUGCAAUUAGUUUUUUGCAUCUCACUUUAGCUCACAUGUGUACCGUGCAUUGCUGCAGAUGGUAUGAUUUUUGCAUGCUUUUGAAAAAUGGGGAAGGAGGAAAGCCCGCAGGCUGCAAGAAGGACAACCAGGUCUUCUUGUGCUGCUGCUUCAAAUGGCGAGGUUGGAAGGUCGACUUUCACUCCGCUCCACAAUCCAACAGUCAGUGACCUUGCUUUUGGAGGGGAACCCCUUAGCUCUGAAGACCUGCGGUCUGGUUUCCCAGCUAGGCGUCCUCAGAUUCUUGAGCUUGUGCAUCUCUUGGGUCCACCCAGUUCCCCUAUGCUCCCUUUGUUUGUCUAUGGAGGUGCUUCUACAGGCAAAACCACCGUCAUUCUUCAAGUUUUCAGGCACCUUAAUCGUCCAUUUGUCUAUGCAAGCUGCCGUACUUGUUAUAGUCCGCGGAUCUUGUUUGAGUCCAUCUUAAACCAGUUGUUACUUCAUAGAAAGAACGAAGCCAGCGGCUACUCAAGUGCAAAACGAUGUGAAAAGCCAUCUGAUUUUGUGAACUUUCUCCGUGAAGAUGUUGGCAAGGUUGUUGAUAGUCUCAAGGAUCGCUCAGGGAAGCGGAAGUCGAAUAAGUCGCGUAAAUGGCCGAAGGGAGAUAUCCUCUAUUUGAUCAUUGAUAACUUGGAGUUGGUGCGGGAGUGGGAUAAAAGUUCCAGCUUAUUGCCUUUCCUGUUCAAUCUCUAUGAUAUUCUGAAGUUGCCUAAUUUCGCCUUGAUAUUUGUUAGCAGUAGCUCACCGGAUACAUAUUACUCAAGUAUGGGUUACAUAGAGCCUAUUCCUGUCUUUUUUCCUGAAUAUACAGAAGAAGAUCUUCGCCAACUACUGAUAAGGAAUCAAGCAAACCAGAAGCUGUACAGCUGUUUUCUUGACAUUGUACUCAGGCCAUUCAGUAGAGUAACUAGACGACUUGAUGAAUUAAGCACAGUCUUUUCAUCUUUGUUUCAAAAGUAUUGUGAACCACUGAGCGAUACGAGUUCGUUUCCCAAUGAUGAGAUGAAGAGAAGAUUGUUUAGUCACUUCCGGCCUUACAUUUCCCCUGCUUUGAAUGAGAUAUUUUGGGGGCCAUCGCAGUGUUUAUCUGGAAUUGAAUCUGGGAAGGUUACUAGGCAGAGAGGUAGCAUAAGAAAGCAUGAAGACAAUGAAGAUUUUACCGAGAUUGGUUUCCAUAUGUCCACUGCUGCAAAGUAUCUUCUUAUCUCAGCUUUCCUUGCUUCAAGAAAUCCGGCUACCCUGGAUGCAUCUUUGUUUGACUCCACUGGCGGUUCAGAUAAUCGCAAGCGUAAGAGGAAGGCCUCCGAAAAGUCGAUGGAGCAAAAGGAAACUGUAGAACAAGAAUCACUUAUGAAAGGACCCGGAACAUUCCCAUUGGAGAGACUACUGGCUAUUUUUCAAUGCAUAACAUCUGUAAUCGAUGUGUCGAUUGACGAGGAGGAACAUGGAGAUGGGUUUUCCACGGAUGGCGGAAACAGCAGCUGGCUCAUGUCUAAUGUUCUAUCGCAGCUAUCGAGUCUGUGUGAUGCUAAUUUCAUAGCCAAAGGGGGAAGCUGCCCCUUGGAAGGUUCAACACGGUAUCGAUGCACCAUUUCUGAAGAUUUUGCUCUGAAGGUAGCUAGAAGCAUCAAGUUUGCUCUUCCAAACUACUUGUGUAGAAGGUAAUCUGAGCGAGGGAAUGGAUAAAGGAACUGAGACAACAACCGACCAAAAGGGUUGUUUUCUUUUCUCUGUAGUGGAAUGUCAUUCCAAAGCAGCCGUGGGGUUCGAGGUAUCAGCACAAUCACAUAUAUGAUUAGACGUGGGCUGGUAGUUGGCUGGCUGAACUUAACUUGCCCUGCUGUGCACUAGCAGUUGGAAGUUGUGGUUCCUUUAUAAUUUGGUAGGUGCUGAGAUCCGUGAAUACUGGUGUACUUACUUGUCAUUACUUCCUUUCACUGGUACGUAAUAGCAGGCACUGCUACCUGCUGCAGUGGCAGAGUUUGUAGAAACAGUAGAACAGUUUGGGCAAGUGGAUGUCUCUGGGUUGGGUUGGGUUGGGUUGGCUAGCCACUUCAAAGCCAAAGAAAGGCCUUUUGCCUUUGUGUUAGUUAGGUGUGGGAUUGGUUGAUGGAAAUGGGAUUUCUGUAUGUUGUUCGAUCGGACCAACUACCUUAUUUGGGAUAAAAAAGGCUUAUUCAGUAUUUUUUAACCCUAUGGGGUCAAUCCCACUGAUUUUGUCUCGACCAUUCAACUGGCCACCUACUCUAAUCUACUUAUUGUUAAGCCAACCAUCUACCCCCUUUUAACCCUAUGACUAUGAGUCGUAUCUAGAGUCUCGAGCAUAUGGAAGUGGAAUAAAGAGAUCACGAUGAUCACAGCUCGGGGAGUCGGGAGAAGCUGCAAACUCAAGGGGAGACUGUUACCUUAAGAAUUUGCUUUGUUAAUAAUUUCUUUGUUUUCACUUUGUUUUAUUAAGAACUUCGUUGUCAACUUCCUUUUUUAUGACUACUUCAGUUUUAAUGACUUUUGAAUUGUCAAGUAC